GCGUCCCAGUAUACCGCGCGCGGCUGCGGGGCGGGGGUUUGGACCUAGGGUCUCGGCAGCUGCGGCGGCGGCGGCGGCGGCUGGGGUCUGCCGGGGCGGUCGGCAGAGCGGGCGCGGGCGCUACCCCAGAGGCGAUGAUGGGCAAGGAAGAGGAGAUCGCGCGAAUCGCCCGGAGGCUGGACAAGAUGGUGACCAGGAAGAGCGCGGAGGGAGCCAUGGACCUGCUGCGGGAGCUGAAGGCCAUGCCUAUCACGCUGCACCUGCUCCAGUCUACCCGUGUUGGAAUGUCUGUCAACGCCCUGAGGAAGCAGAGCUCGGACGAGGAGGUCAUUGCACUGGCCAAGUCUCUCAUCAAGUCCUGGAAGAAGCUCCUGGAUGUUUCCGAUGGUAAAACCAGGGAUCGAGGGAGGGACACACCUCUACCUACAUCAUCCACAAAGAAUGCCUCAGAGGCCGUGGAUCCCAGCCGUAAGAGGCUGGAGCUGCCCAGAAUGCCAUCCACCCCAAGGAUCACCACAUUUCCUCCGGUGCCCAUUACUUGUGAUGCUGUACGCAACAAGUGUCGUGAGAUGCUAACCACCGCCCUGCAGACAGACCACGACCACGUGGCAGUUGGCGCGGACUGUGAGCGUCUGUCGGCUCAGAUCGAGGAGUGCAUCUUCCGGGAUGUGGGAAACACAGACAUGAAGUACAAGAAUCGUGUGAGGAGUCGCAUCUCUAACCUGAAGGACGCCAAGAACCCAGAGCUUCGGAGGAAUGUGCUAUGUGGUGCCAUAACGCCCCAGCAGAUUGCAGUGAUGACAUCGGAGGAGAUGGCAAGUGAUGAGCUGAAAGAGAUCCGCAAGGCCAUGACCAAGGAGGCCAUCCGGGAGCACCAGAUGGCCCGCACAGGUGGCACACAGACAGACUUGUUCACCUGUGGCAAGUGCAGAAAGAAGAAUUGCACCUAUACACAGGUGCAGACUCGCAGCUCUGAUGAACCCAUGACCACCUUCGUUGUCUGCAAUGAAUGUGGAAACCGCUGGAAGUUCUGCUAAGCCAUCAUGCAGAUGUGCUACAGUCCCAGGCCAGGCCAUGGCCUCCCACAUUCCUGGUGGACACAGCUUCUCUGGAGACCCCCCAGAAGAUGGCAUGCUUGCUCCAGCUUGCCUGCUUGGCAUGCAUUGUUCUGCCUUUUGCCCCUCAUUAUUAUUAAAUGUUUCGUUUUGCCAUCUUGC